AUGUCCGAUCGAAAUUCUGAUGGACACCCGCCGAUUAUAAAUCGGUCUUUAGCAAUAAAUGACCAUGAACAAAUUAACGAAAACAAAGACUUUGCAAAGACAAUAUCAACUCCAGAACCACAGACGACUGUCAUUUAUCUACCUGGAGUAGCAUCUGCUUUCUCUGCAACUGUUGAACAACCGAAUUUCUCUAAGGUACCGAUAAAAGAAUCACAUCGUCGACGCUCAAAAACAACUUCCACAGAUAUUUUUGAUUAUGAAUCACCAGCAAAUAGUUCUUCUCAAGCAUCAAUAUCAGCACCAAAUAAUUUGCAUUUUUUUCAAUCACUCAAAGACUUAACACACAAGGAAUUAUAUCGUGCGCAUCCAUUUGGUUUUCUUGGCAAAGAAGUUAUUUCAGUAACAGGAACAACAAAUUGUCCUGAACCAAUUGCGCCUGUCGAAGAUGAAGAUGAAGAUAAUAAAGCAAUAAUUGAUAUACAUGACAAAAGAUCCAAGUCUUUUUCUACUGCAACAAAUAAAUUAUCGUUAUCCGAUGAAAUUAAACCCCAACAAAUACAAUUUUCAUUAAAUGAAGAAGAAAAAAUUCAAAUGAUACGACGACGUUCAACAUUAGGCAAUACAUCUGGAUCUGUGCUUCCACCAUACCCAGUUGAAUAUAUAACGAAUUCCAAUAACGAUGAUAGUGUACAACCUCAUCUAUUUUCUGAGCCAUCACCAAAUACAAUGGUUGCAGAUUUUAUACCGAAUUCAAUGACCAUCAAUGUAUUUGAAGUGUUUAUUUAUGCUUGGGGUGUAUUCGCCUUCUUUUUUGAUAUGGUUACUGAUCUAGUUUUGGCUCAUGCCUAUUACUUAGAAGGAGCUUAUUGGCUUUUCAUACUAACAUUAAUGUGUGUUGUUCUACCAAAUUUGACUUUGUCGAUUUUUUCACUUGUUUGGUAUAUGGAUAGUAGUCAAUUAAAAGCCGUUGCAAAUGAAAACCAAACCACAAUGCAAUAUAACACUUCGAUGUAUGAAACAAGUUCGUCGGAUGAUUUAAAUGAAAAAGAUCAAGAACGUAUUAAUAAUAAAAAUACUGAAUUAGUUUCAUUGAAUCAAAAACAAAAUUCCUCUUGUCAAACAGACGAUUUAUAUGAUGAAGAUCAACAAGAUAGUCAUAUAUCGCGUGUAAAAUCGAAAUUACAACCACCAGAGAAAGAUAUGCGACAGCAAGAUUAUAUUCAAGGAAAAUAUUUUCAAAUCUCAGCAGCAACUGCCAAUAUUUUAACAUGGAUUAUUCGAAUUAUUAUACUUGUAUUACAAUUAGAUUUAUGUUUGAAGUAUAUUCGCGGUUUAUAUUAUACAUGGAAAGGUUUUCGAAAACGUCAUAAUCCAAAAUGGAAACGUUUUUAUUUAACUAAACAAAUAUUAAUUGACGCUGACAUUGCCUUAUUACGUGUAUUCGAUUGUUUUAUGGAUUCGGGUUCACAAGUUACAUUACAAUUAUAUAUUAUGUUAAGGCUUGGUUCAACAUCAAUGAAAUUUGAUACACUAUUCUUAAAACAAACAUUAUCGAUUGUUUCCUCACUUGGUUCGUUAGCAUAUGCGCUUAGUGGCUAUUCGCGAUGUUGGCGACAUAUGCAAUUGACACAUUCGCCACAAGAUUGGCCAAAAGGAAAACCUCCACCACAAUUAGUGUCAUGGUGGAGUACGAUUAUUCAAUGGUUUUGGUAUUUAUUUCUAAUCACUCCAAGAGUAUUGGCGCUUGCUAUGUUUGCAGCAACAUUUCGUUCGUGGUUUUGGAUUAUACUUGUUGCACAUUGGUUUGGAAUGCUUUUUUGGAUACUUCGUUUUCGAACAAUCUUUUGUAUUAGUGAUCAGUCAAAAUAUCAUCCACGAGAAGCUAUUUUUGAAAAAUGUUAUAAUCUUGUUUGCUCAUAUAUAUUUAUAUUUUGUUAUAUGAAUCUUCGCAAAGGUGAUACUCGUGCACAUUAUAUUGGUUUUUAUGCAAUCUAUUACAUCGAAAACAUUGCUUUUUCAAUCAUAUAUGCAAUUCAUUCAGCUGAAUCAAAUAUAAUAUUUAAAUAUUCGCUUGUCACAUUUGUCUGUUGUGGUUUUUGGUUAGCUGUUUUAUUUCAAUUUCUCUAUUAUCGAUUUUUACAUCCAAGUGAUCAUGUUCGCCUUAGUAUAAAACAAAACAUAUCGUCUAUUGUACGUAUUCGAACACUGUCCGACUCCAGUCGUAUAGGAAAAUCGAAAUCCUGUGAAAAUAUUAUUAAUCAACAUGAUGCACCGAAUACAUAUGAACAUAAUGAACUUCUUGAAACAUCAUCACAAGCCGAAAGUUCAAUUGAUGAACGUUGGUAUAAUCGUUUUGCAAAACGAAAUCGACAAAAACUUAUUUCUCAACAACAAGCUAUCGAUGAGAAAGUUCGAAUAAAUCGAGCACAAAAACAAUUAGAAGAAGCCAUCAAACAUCGAAACGAAUCAUCGAGUAACUUUUUAAAGCGAAUAUCAACCAGACUCAAACCAUCAGCAACAACGUUAGAAACUCAAUCUAACAAUAGUACUGAAACUCAUCUAAUAAAUGAUAAUGAAAAAUGUGUAAAUUCUGCCAGUGUACCAUUAGCGAAACCCGAAGAUCAAGAAGAGGAAGAAGAAAAAAAAGAUUCUAAUAGACUACAUAUUGCUUUUAUAUCCAAUAAACGAGCAUCUCAACAUCAACAACAAUCGAAAUUAUAUGAUAUUAACGAAGAUACACAUGGAUCAGAAGAAAAUCAAAAUGGCACAUCAUCACAUACAAAUACAACUAGUUAUGAAGGUGGAAAAGGAGUGAUUUUAAUUCCUGCAAAACUAACAUCUCGUAGAUUGCCCUUUUCCUCGUCUGUUAACAAAUAA